AUGGUCUUCCUUCCAUACGACACUCAAUCUAAUUAUCCUUUAACAAAAGCAUCAGCUGGUGGUGGGCUGGCGCUAUUGGCGCUGCUAGGGCAACAACUUGAGGAAAGGGAAACCCCGAGAGGUUUCCAAAGCGUUGCGCUUGUAAUUGGAGCGACCGGAAUUGUGGGCAACAGCUUGGCCGAAAUCCUCCCAUUAUCCGACACCCUAGACGUGAACAAUGGCGACGUCUUCAAGUGGAAGCAUCUGUGGAAAACCCUGGCGGAGCAGUUUGGGAUAGAGAAAUAUGGAUUUGAGGAAGGGAAGAACUUGGGGUUGGAGAAGAUAAUGAAAGGGAAGGAGAAAGUGUGGGAAGAGAUGGUGAAGGUGAAGCAGUUGCAGAAGACGAGGUUGGAGGAGGUGGCGGCGUGGUGGUUUGUGAUAUAAUCUUGUCGGCGCAGGCGGAGGCGCCGCUGUCUAGUAUGAAUAAGAGUAAGGAUAAUGGGUUUUUGGGGUUUAGAAAUUCCAAGGAUUAUUUCAAGUUUGUGCCUUGAUCAUUCAAUCCUGUUAGUUUCCAGUGUUUUUUUUUUUUUUUUUGU